AUACAUGCAUCAAGCAAUCGCUUAGUCAUCAGCUUGAAUUAUCAAAAAGAGUAUAUAAACACUCUUCAAAUGCCCGAAUGUGCUCCCUUGCUACUUCAUUCACUUGUAAAGAAAUAAGUUAAUCAGUUUAUGAGCUUUCGAUUGAACAUCUUCAUAAGUUUUUUGAUCUUAAUCUCAACGAUAGUUUAUCAAUCGUAUUUUACCAAAGACAAGAUGACUAAAAUCGAUACUUCAGUUCAAUCUGGUUGGUUAAAAGCACUUGAAAGUUUACCUGAAAGGAAAAAUGGCAAAGGUCCGAUUCCUGCUUUCUUUUUUGCACAUGGACAUCCAGGGAUUUAUUUUCCCUCAGAACAACUUGGUCCACGUGGUUUACAAGGAGUUGAUGGUCCAUUAAACAAAUUCUUAAAAGAUUUCGGUCCUGCUUUAUUGCGUAAAUAUGCUCCAUCAGCAAUCGUAACGUUUUCAGCCCAUUGGGAAGAAAAGGGUGAAAUGUUAGUGACCGAUUAUGGAAACGAUCAACCUUUACUCUACGAUUACUAUGGAUUUCCUGAUCAUUUUUAUACUACUAAAUGGCAUUCAAAUGGAUCAAGUGAGAUUUCAUCACACGUAGUUUCUACUUUAAAAUCUGCCGGGAUUCCAGCUAGGACUACUACAAGACUUGAACCUAGAGGUGAAGAUGGAAAGGUCGGACCUGCUGCUGGAAUUGAUCAUGGAGUUUUUAUUCCAUUUAAACUUAUGUUUCCAGAUGGAGAAACUGGUACAUUUCCUAUACCAGUGAUUCAGGUUUCAAUUGAUGGUUCAUUAGAUCCAAUGAAAAACAUUCAAUUAGGAAAAGCAGUCUCAAGUUUAAGACAUGAAAACAUUUUAAUUCUUUCAGGUGGACUUACGAUUCAUACUUUUAAAGAUUGGUCAGAAUGGACAGCAGAUACGGCUGGUAAACCUGUUUUAGAAUUCGAAUCUUCUAUUGUUUCAAAUUCACUUAAAUCCAAUACAGAAGAAAGACUUAAAGGAUUAAUGAACUUGAAAAGCUUACCAGGUUUUAAAAUCGCUCAUCCACGUGAAGAACAUUUUGUACCGAUUUGGGUAGCUGCUGGUGCUGGUUCUGAUCAAGGUCAAUCAGUUUUAAUCACUGAUAUUCAUGGUUGUAAGACUAUUGCAUUUGGAGUCGAAUGAAUUUCGUGGUAAUACAAUUCUUGUUUUUUAUCAAACUUGAAAAUUAAGUUUUGUAACCCUUUUCUUUUGAAAGCUGUAAAUGUAAACUUGUAUAAAGAUUGAAGAAAUUUGAAAUCGAUUUGUUUCAUAACUCGAACAACACAAUCUUGGAUCCUUUUUUUGAAAAAAGGGCAAUACUUGUACCAAGAUUGCAGGUGAUAUCUUUGGAUGAAUGGAUGUGGAAUUUAUUGUAUGGCUUAUCAACAU